AGUCACGUGACUCAGCGGUGACGCAGCCCUUCAGCUCUCCACGUUUGAAAGUUGAAUGAGGGCUGGAAGUGGUGUGGAUAUGCCGGCUGGAAGCUGCAGUUCUGUUUAUUCUUUAUUUUAACGCUCCGCGCGCCCUUCUCCGCUGAAUACGGACUUCAGAUCUGCUUUGAGGAACUGCCACGACCAGAAAGACAGGCUUGGAGAAGAGGAGAGGACUAACAGCUGUGUACAAUCAACACACAACACAGUCUGAGGACACUGUGCUCCGUGUGAGCGCAGGGUUUCUGUGUUUGGCUGGUCUGGAGAUCUAAAGGAGCUGUAGGAGCAGUGAGCUGCUGGAAGGACUGCGAUGCAUCGAUUAAGGACUUGUGCUGCUCGGCUCCGGCCGCUCGCAGCUCCACACACUGCUCUGAACUUCUCACACAGGAGGCCGGCGGCGGCCGGGCUGCCCAGGACGUUUCAGCCCAUCCGGUGCUACACUGCGCCCGUCGCCGCUGAGCCUUUCCUCAACGGGACGAGCUCAAAUUAUGUAGAGGAGAUGUAUUACUCAUGGCUGGAGAACCCGAAGAGCGUGCACAAGUCUUGGGACAUAUUUUUCCGUAAUGCGAAUGCUGGUGCCCCCCCGGGUGCUGCCUACCAGAGCCCCCCUCCUUUAGGGGUGAACCUGUCAGGUCUGUCUCAGGCGCAGGCGCUGGUAGGAACUCAGCCCAGUGUGGAGAAGCUGGUGGAGGAUCACCUGGCUGUGCAGUCCCUCAUCCGGGCCUAUCAGAUACGAGGGCACCAUGUUGCUCAGCUGGACCCUUUAGGAAUUCUGGAUGCUGAUCUCGAUUCAUUCGUCCCCAUGGAUAUCAUCACAUCAUCUGAGAAACUAGGCUUCUAUGGUCUGAAUGAAGCAGAUCUGGAUAAAGUGUUUAGACUCCCCACCACUACCUUCAUCGGGGGCAGUGAGAGCGCCCUGCCCCUCAGAGAAAUCAUCCGCCGCCUAGAGAUGGCGUACUGUCAGCACAUUGGAGUGGAGUUCAUGUUCAUCAAUGAUCUGGAGCAGUGCCAGUGGAUCAGGGAGAAGUUUGAGAAGCCCGGCGUGAUGCAGUUCACUCUGGAGGAGAAACGCACUCUGCUAGCUCGCAUGGUUCGCUCUACCAGGUUUGAGGAGUUCCUGCAGAGGAAGUGGUCCUCGGAGAAGCGUUUCGGACUGGAGGGCUGCGAGUCGCUCAUCCCAGCUCUCAAAACCAUCAUUGAUAAGUCCAGUGAGAAUGGUGUGGAGAGUGUGAUUAUGGGAAUGCCUCACAGGGGGCGUUUGAACGUGCUGGCCAACGUCAUUCGCAAAGAGCUGGAGCAGAUCUUCUGUCAGUUCGAUUCCAAGCUGGAAGCCGCUGACGAGGGUUCAGGUGAUGUGAAGUAUCACCUGGGGAUGUAUCACAGACGAAUCAACCGCGUGACCGACCGCAACAUCACCCUCUCCCUGAUGGCCAACCCCUCUCACCUGGAGGCGGUGGACCCAGUGGUGCAGGGCAAGACCAAGGCUGAGCAGUUCUACUGCGGAGACACUGAAGGAAAGAGGGUGAUGUCUAUCCUCCUGCAUGGAGAUGCAGCGUUUGCGGGUCAGGGCAUUGUUUAUGAGACCUUCCACCUGAGUGACCUGCCCUCCUACACGACGCAUGGCACCGUGCACGUCGUCGCCAACAACCAGAUCGGUUUCACCACUGACCCGCGGAUGGCCCGCUCCUCACCCUAUCCCACCGACGUGGCCCGAGUGGUCAACGCCCCCAUUUUCCACGUGAACGCGGACGACCCUGAGGCUGUGAUGUACGUGUGCAACGUCGCUGCCGAGUGGAGGGCGACCUUCCACAAAGACGUCGUGGUGGAUCUGGUGUCGUACCGGAGAAACGGCCACAACGAGAUGGAUGAGCCUAUGUUCACGCAGCCGCUGAUGUACAAGCAGAUCAAGAAGCAGAAGCCGGUGCUGCAGAAAUACGCAGAGAAGCUGAUAGCGGAGGGCACUGUGACCAGGCUGGAGUAUGAGGAAGAGGUCGCCAUAUAUGACAAGAUCUGUGAGGAGGCCUACACUCGCUCUAAAGACGAGAAGAUUCUCCACAUCAAACACUGGCUGGACUCUCCAUGGCCUGGUUUCUUUACUCUGGAGGGUCAGCCUAAGAGCAUGAGCUGUCCCUCUACUGGGCUGAAGGAGGAGGACCUCCAACACAUUGGCAAGGUAGCCUCAUCUGUGCCUGUCGAGGACUUUACCAUCCACGGAGGUCUGACCCGGAUCCUGAAGGGCAGAGCGGCGAUGGUGGAGAGCAGGACGGUGGACUGGGCUCUGGGCGAGUACAUGGCCUUCGGUUCUCUGCUGAAGGAGGGUAUCCACGUCCGCCUCAGCGGCCAGGAUGUGGAGAGAGGCACCUUCAGCCACCGGCACCACGUCCUGCACGAUCAGAACGUGGACAAGAGGACCUGCAUUCCUAUGAGCUAUAUUGACCCAAACCAGGCGCCGUACACUGUGUGCAACAGCUCCCUGUCUGAGUAUGGAGUACUGGGCUUUGAGCUGGGCUUUGCUAUGGCGAGCCCGAAUGCUCUGGUACUUUGGGAGGCCCAGUUUGGAGAUUUCCACAACACCGCCCAGUGCAUCAUCGACCAGUUCAUCUGCCCCGGCCAGGCCAAGUGGGUGCGCCAGAACGGCAUCGUCCUGCUGCUCCCCCACGGCAUGGAGGGAAUGGGUCCUGAGCAUUCAUCUGCUCGUCCGGAGCGUUUCCUGCAGAUGUGUAAUGAUGACCCAGAUGUUUUUCCUAAAACUUCAGAAAAUGAGUUUGCGAUGCAGCAGCUGUACGACUGUAACUGGAUUGUGGUGAACUGCUCCACUCCUGCAAACUACUUUCACGUUCUGAGGAGGCAGAUCCUUCAGCCCUUCCGCAAACCUCUCAUCAUCUUUACUCCUAAAUCACUGCUGCGUCACCCAGAGGCCAAGUCCAGUUUUGAUGAUAUGGUAGACGGCACACACUUCAAGCGUUUGAUCCCAGAGGAGGGCGCCGCAUCCCAGAAUCCUGCUGGAGUGAAACGCAUCAUCUUCUGCACAGGAAAGGUUUACUAUGAUUUGACCAAAGAGCGCAAGAGCCGAGGGAUGGAGGAAACUGUGGCCAUCGCUCGCAUUGAACAGCUUUCUCCGUUCCCGUUUGAUCUGGUUAAAGCAGAGAUUGAGAAGUUCCCUCAGGCUGAGGUGAUGUGGAGUCAGGAGGAGCACAAGAAUCAGGGCUACUAUGAUUAUAUAAAACCUCGUAUCUCCACCACCAUUAACCACGCCCAUCCUGUCCGUUAUGCUGGACGAGAGCCAGCAGCUGCUCCAGCCACCGGAAAUAAGAAGGCUCAUCUCCUGGAGCUGGAGCGUUUCCUGAACACGGCCUUCAACCAGGACGCCUUCCGGGGACAGUCCUGAGUACCUCAGUCCUCCUGAACGUCCUGUCCUUCCUCCAGCUCCACUAACGGCACUGAAAACCUCCAAAGAAUGCAGCAAUAGAUCCGCUGGUGGGAUUAAAGUGUUUACCAGCCGGUCGAGACACGCUGCUCCGAACAUUAGCAUAAAAAAUUCUGAUUUUUUUUUAUUUAUUUUACAUGAAAAAAAGCUUAGUGCUGCUGCAAGAGCCGACCCAGCCAGCAGGCCAGAGAGGGGUUACAUGGGUGGGUUGAGGGCCAGGAGGGUUCCAGGUGGGUUUUAAACUCUGAGAGGGUUUGUAUAUGUUGUUACCACCUCUUCUGUUCCCAUCACUGACCCUAAAGAGCCUCCAUAUGUAGCAUCAACAUGGAACUCAUGGAUAGAACCUUCUGGAUCCAGGUUGGGAUACUCAUACAAACACAAAUGGGCAUUUUAUCUGGGUAAAUAUAUAAACAGAACUUGAAACCUUCAUUUAUAAACAUGCACAGUCAUGUGCCACGGUGCAAGUUUUUAAACUACCAUCCAAAAAUCUGCAAGGACUUGCGAAAUAUAUAUUUAUAAUACAUAUAUAAUACAUAUAUAAUGCUCCUGGCCGACUCUGCAGGGCUGUACAUAAUGUUUUAACUGACCUCAUAUCAGCAGAAUAUCUGAAUAUUUCCUGCUUUGCUCAUCAAUAAUUUCUUUAUUUCAGUUUUACUGAAUUUGAAUGUAAACUCGAACACUUUGCUCAGCUCUCAGCUCUGAUUUGAUGUAAAAAUACAGAUUUAUUAGGGCUAAAGUCUAGUAAAAGAAGGUCAUAUCCACCUUUUCUGCUUCUCACGUUCUUCUCAGUGCUUCAUCUCUGACCUCAGUGCCAAAAUAAAAACUUUAACCAUUCAGGAGAUCACUCAAGUGAAGACUGUGGGAACUAUUUUACCCUCCUGUAUUUUAUGGAAUUCAGACAGAGAUCAGGCUGCAGGUUGAACUGAUCUCUGCAGAACUAAAGAAAAAAAAGGGAGUUUUAUUUAUUUUCUUAAUUGUGUAAAUGUUCAUUCCAAACUACUGCAAUCCUUCAUUCAAUAAAUGCAUCUUUCGUUUAGAAA